GGGGCUUCGCAAACACACUACAACAAGACAAGUGAAGAUGGCGGAUGUGUUGAGUGUUCUCCGUCAGUAUAACAUCCAGAAAAAAGAAAUCGUCGCUAAAGGAGAUGAAGUCAUAUUUGGAGAGUUCUCCUGGCCGAAAAAUGUCAAGACCAACUACAUAAUCUGGGGUACUGGUAAAGAGGGCCAGCCCAAAGAGUACUAUACUUUGGACUCUAUCUUGUUCUUGCUCAAUAAUGUACAUCUCCCACAUCCAUCCUAUGUGCGAAGAGCUGCAACAGAAAACAUCCCUGUUGUCAGACGACCUGAUCGAAAAGGCUUGCUCUCCUAUCUCAAUGGCGAGAGUUCUACAUCAACAAGUAUUGACAGAAGUGCACCUAUAGAAAUAGGUUUGCAAAGGCCUACACAAGUCAAACGAGCAGCUGACGAGGUAUCUUCUGAAGCCAAAAAACCAAGGAUUGAGGAUGAAGAGCGAGUGCGUCUGGACAAGGAGCGUCUGGCUGCCCGUCUGGAGGGCCACAAAGAGGGCAUCGUGCAGACUGACCAGAUCAGAUCCCUGUCUGAGGCCAUGUCAGUGGAGAAAAUCGCAGCUAUCAAAGCCAAGAUCAUGGCCAAGAAACGUUCCACCAUCAAAACAGAUCUGGAUGAUGACAUAACCCUGAAGCAGAGAAGCUUUGUGGAUGCUGAGGUGGAUGUCACUAGAGAUAUUGUCAGCAGAGAGAGGGUCUGGAGGACCAGGACAACCAUUCUCCAGAGCACUGGAAAGGAAGGAGCAUCUGCUCGGAAGGCCCAGACCCCAGCGCUACAGCCGGUUCCUCGACCAGUUUCACAAGCCAGACCGCCACCAAACCAGAAGAAAGGGUCCCGGACGCCCAUCGUCAUUAUCCCUGCUGCCACCACGUCACUCAUCACAAUGCUCAAUGCUAAGGAUCUUCUGCAAGAUCUAAAGUUUGUCACGCCAGAAGAGAAGAAGAAGCAGGGCAUCCAACGCGACAAUGAGGUCCUGCUUCAAAGACGCAAAGACCAGAUCCAGCCUGGUGGCACAACACUGAGUGUCACUGUACCAUACCGCAUCAUUGACCAGCCGCUCAAACUGGCUCCACAGGACUGGGACCGAGUGGUGGCCGUGUUCGUGCAGGGUCCUGCCUGGCAGUUCAAAGGCUGGCCAUGGCUGUUGCCUGAUGGAUCUCCUGUGGACAUUUUCGCCAAAAUUCGAGCCUUUCAUUUGAAGUAUGAUGAGGCAAAGACAGACCCCAACGUGCAGAAGUGGGAUGUGACCGUCCUGGAGCUGAGCCGCCACAGGCGCCAUCUGGACCGGCCUGUCUUCCUGCGCUUUUGGGAAACCCUCGACAGAUACAUGGUGAAACACAAAUCUCACCUCAGGUUCUGAGCCCAGAUCACAGCGUCCAUCUCUGACGUUCCAGCUCUCCUCAGUCCUCCCCUUGCAGAGGUAGCCCCUCUCAUCCAAGCUGCCAUCUCAUCUUCCGACAUGAUCCCCAUUUUAACAAGAGAAGGAGGACGGAUUAUCCAGUGGACUUCCUCCAACACUUCCUUGAGGACUCCUAAUGCAAUGCAAUUUGCUGGAUAUGUUGCUCUGGACACCAGAGAGGAGAUUUAGAGGGUUUUUGUGUUUUUGUUGUAAUUGUUUUCUAAUGUUUUCAUGUAGU